AGAGAGAGAGAGAGAGAGAGAGAGAGAGAGAGUGAGUAAGUAAGUGUGUGUGUGUGUGUUUUACCGGCUUCUGAUUUCUGUCAGUGUUCAGGCCUGUCUGAGCACAAACACACCUUCAGGACUGAACCGACUUCACCAUGGACAAAGCAGAUUUCCUAAAAGGUCUACCUGUGUACAACAAGACGAACUUCAGCAGAUUUCACGCGGACUCCGUAUGUAAAGCAUCGAACAGAAGGCCGUCGGUGUAUCUGCCCACACGAGAGUAUCCCUCUGAACAGAUCAUCGUCACAGAGAAGACAAACAUCCUUUUGCGUUAUCUUCACCAACAGUGGGACAAAAAGAAUGCAGCUAAAAAGCGAGAGCAGGAGCAAGCAGAAGGGGAGGGCGGCAGCCCAGCGCCUCCCCGCAAAAUCGCCCGGACAGACAGUCAGGAGAUGAACGAGGACUCUUAGAGGAACCCAGCAUCCGACAGCACAAGAACGGACACAACAAGCCCAGACACCUGCACACCACACAGGAGUUUCAUCUCAGAAAGAAAAAUGGAAGGACACUUCUCUUACAGUGUGCUUAUUUUAUUUUAUUUUACUGAGUGCUUCCUGAUGCAGUCCGAGCCCCUCGCCCAGCCUGUCUGCCCCGUUCUGAACAAUGUGGGGCACGACGGCUUUCACUGCCAGCUUUGACGAUUCUGCUGAACUCUGAGCGGCGAAAUAUGGGGUGGGGGGUAAUAGUGAUAUUCAACAAGCACAUAAUAACGAAUUUCUGCUACGGAGACGUGUGUGAAAUUUGAUUUGUUAGGAGACUAUUAAUGCAGUUUAAAAACAUCAUCAUAAUCUCAGCUGUGAACUACUGCUUUCAAGAUCUACUCCAAACACAGGGUCUAAACACACAGGAUCUCUCUUCAGUGUCCAAAAAGGGAAAUGUACAGCCACGUGCGGCAGAUUUAGAUGUAGUAUUUUGUGUUGGUCAUGUGACGGUCUUCCUAGCAGGUGUAUACGUGUGCAUGAAAGCACUGGUAGGACUGUUUUUCUUUUGUCAUAUGUUGAGGAUAAAAUUUCUGGCCAUGUAAACAAAUCCAGAUGUCAGUCUCUUUCACUUCCCCCUUGUUAUAUAGGUUUUCAGUGCUGUUCGUUCCACAAUCAUGAACGGAUCACUUGCCUUCAGAUGCCUAGCUCAAGAUCUGACUUGAUCCCUGUUUGCUGAUUCAGUUGCAGUCAGUUUGCCUUCUAAACAUGAUGGGAUUUCUCCAGGUUCGAGUUUAAUAGUGUCUUUUCUUUCUCUGGAUGUGUGGUUUUAUUUUGGAGUUCUGAGGUUACAGGUGCAGUGAUGCAGCAGUUCCUCUCUUGACCUGCAGAGGGAGUCAGUGAGCUGUGGUUUCGGGUGAUAAACUACAAUAAACGAACACAAUUGUGCUUCGAGUCCACCACAUACUGGUUUCAUUUUGGCUGGAGACAUGAUGUGAGGUUAAGUCCGCUGUUUCAAGCCAUUUCCCUGCGAAAUAUACUGAAGCCAUCAACAGUAACAAAAAAAUGCAUGCAAAAUGUUUUAAGUAAAGGAUGCUUUUGGGGGGAAGUGUGCAGAGGAGAAUCGAGCUGAAAGAGAUCCAGAAUUACUUAAAACAAUUACACCUGCAUCUGUAUGUUCUUGUUCUUAUGAAGCCUUCCCAACUUCUGUUUGAGAUCUUUUUUUUUUUUGAGACUUAAUAAAAAAGAGACUAAACGUG